GCGAAUGAUGUGGAGUUCUUCUCCUUUAGAUUAAAUACAAGAACACAAACUUUACCUUUCUUACCAUCCCAUUUGAAAAAUCCAUUCUUCUUUUUCUUUGUCUCCCAUUUUGGCACCAGCCGGUCAUCUUUGCCGGAGCUCUCUCUCCGUUCUCUCCUUCCACGUUCCUGAGAAGCAAAGGCAUCAAAAAUAGAUCAUUUAAAAAGCCUGAAGGCUUAUAAUAAGGGGCUAGGAAAUUGGAUAGCGGUGCCUGUCUCUUCCUUUCUGUUAUCUCUAACAGGGAGGGCAAGGAGAAAAACUAUCAGGGGCGGGAAGGGAGACCAAAAACCGGCGGAUGACAUGGUUCGGGCACUGGAGAAAGAUCAAGAACAGGAACCUACGAAUGUUCCGAGGGCUAAAUCAACAACAUUGAGAAGGAUGCUUGAGAUACCGGGGAGACAGAUUACCAACAUGUUUUUCGACCACGGGAAUACCAACACCACUCCGACCACCACCAAAAACGAUAACGAUGGGUCCACCAACAAUGUUGUUGAUCAGGAGAAACAGCCACCACAACAACUUCAACACCAACAAUCGGCGAAGAGCGCUCCUUCGAACAUUCCCAAGAGCACUGUUGAUCAGGAGGAACCACCACAGCCACAUGCAUCGCAACAACUACAACAUCAACAAUCGACGAAGAUCACUCCUCCGAAUCUUCCCAAAAGCAAAAGCAACAAUGCAGGAGGGCUCCUCGAGACGGUGCAACCUGUGGAAGGGUCUCCUCCAGAACGUGAACCAAAACGUGCAGAUUGUGGACCUCCUACUAAGACACCUAUCCAAAAGGGUCCCUCUGAUUUGGAUUUGAUGAAGGAAAAGUUCGGGAAGCUGUUGUUAGGCGAAGACAUGUCUGGAGGUGGAAAGGGUGUUUCGUCAGCUUUGGCAUUGUCAAAUGCAAUCACAAACCUUGCUGCAUCUGUUUUUGGAGAACAGAGAAGAUUAGAACCAAUGAAUGCAGAUGCAAGAGGAAGGUGGAUAAAGGAAAUUGAAUGGCUUCUCUCUGUAACUGAUCAUAUUGUCGAGUUUGUCCCGUCACAGCAAUCCAAUAAUGGUGUCAGCAUGGAGAUCAUGGUGACGCGUCAAAGAAGUGAUCUGUUGAUGAAUAUCCCAGCUUUGCGGAAGCUUGAUGCCAUUCUUGUUGAACUAUUAGAUCAGUGUGGAAAACAUAAUGAAUUCUGGUAUGUAUCAAAAACUGACAAGGAAGGAGGAUCACAGAGAAAAGAGGACAAGUGGUGGAUUCCCACAGCAAAAGUUCCAAAAGAUGGGUUAUCAGAACCAACAAGAAGAUGGUUGCAAUCGCAGAAGGAUUCAGUAAACCAAGUUCUCAAGGCAGCAAUGGCCAUAAACGCUCAGGUUCUAUCUGAAAUGGAUGUACCUGACAAUUAUAUUGAAUCCCUUCCCAAGAAUGGAAGAUCAAGCCUUGGAGACUCGAUAUACAAAUCCAUCACUGAUGAAUACUUCGAUCCCACUCAGUUCCUAUCAACCAUGGAUCUAACAGACGAGCACAAGGUUCUGGAGCUGAAGAAUAGGAUUGAGGCCUCCAUCGUGAUAUGGAAAAGGAAAAUGAUUCACAAAGAUGGUAAGGCAGCAUGGGGCUCGGCAGUGAGCAUAGAGAAGAGAGAAAUUUUUGAAGAGAGAGCAGAAACUAUCUUACUCAUCAUCAAACAACACUUCCCUGGACUUCCACAAUCUUCGCUCGAUAUGAGCAAGAUUGAGAACAACAAGGAUGUGGGACAAGCUAUUUUGGAGAGCUAUUCAAGAAUUAUAGAGAGCUUGGCUUACACAGUCUUGUCAAGGAUUGAAGAUGUGCUUUAUGCUGACUUACAAGCGCUCAAUCCAACACCACCAGAAGGGAGUGAAAAGCCAGAGGAAGAAGCAGAGAGACCAUCAUCUGCUAAGACACCGUCAUCAAGGACACUAUCAGACUUCAUGGGAUGGAGUGUGGAAAAAGGAGAGAAUGACCUGAAGAAUACAGCAGAAUCAGGAACCAUGGAUAGCUUGGAGCAAGACAAGAUCAAUGUGAAACCUAUUGCAACUCCAAGGAAAUUGUCGUAUCUAGAGAGGCUUGAGAACCUAAGUGGAAUGAGAAGUCCAACGGCUCGACACUGAAAAGUUCAGAAUGGAUCAUACAAGAAGGAAAGGAAAGUAAAUCCAAAACCUUACAUUAUCUGAGAGGUCCGUAGAACAAAAAGCAGGAAAAGAACUUAGUUAGCAGGGGAAGGGGACUCAUCAAAUGUAAAUAGCAAAGACCAAAUGCCAUGAAUAAAACAGGGAUUUAGUUGUCCUCGCAACAACAGUAGGAAUCCCCUGUUGACCUUCAUAGUGUACUGGUCCGAAAUAUGAGACAAGAAAUGGAAUGUUGAACA